CUUAUCUUCAGGGGGAUUGGGCUUUGCACAGUACGGCGUAUUUUGGCUCCAAUUUCUAGAUCACAAUCGCUCCUUUCCCGCCGAUCUCAGUCGUCGUCGCAUGCCGACUGCAUAAUGCCGGAGCAUCCCCGACCAGUCCUGUUCACUCUUAGUCACAACUACCAAUUUACCAUUUAUCAGCUAUGAAGCGCUCGUCCUCUGAUGCGGGCCUGGUGUCGCCCCGACGAGAAGAUCGCCAUCCCUCCACUGUCCCCGACGGACGACCUCCACCACCGAAGAUCUCCAAAGCCCGCGCCUGUGAGUGUUCCCGUUGAACCACUGAAGGGACGAUCUAUAAUGAGACAGAGCGGAAAAGUCGCUUGAGGCCUAGGGAGAGGGGAUGCAUACUAAAACACAAUGGAUUUCAGGUGCGGAGUGCAAACGUCAUAAGAUACGCUGUGAGUUCAAAUCGGGGGAAACGAGCUGCAAUAAGUGCAUACGCAGCGGCAUAAAAUGUGUCGUCAAUGACUUCUCGCAGAAGUUUGUUGACGAUGAUGGCAUAUGGAAAUCCCAGGCUGCAGCCACCAUCCAGCAGCUCCAGGCAGCUGUUUCGCAUCUCCUUCGCCAUGAUGGGCUACCUGAGCUUUCAUCGUAUGCAACAGGCGAUACGCAAAAUGGUCCAAGUCCUGUCGCGUCCCACCAUGAACAUAGAUCCUCGCUCGAUGGGUCGCAGUCGAUCUCUAAUCACACGAGUCAACACGGCCCGGGUGUCAUUAUGGAUGUAACUCGGGAGCCUUCCCAAGAGCCAGAUCUACAAGACCGAGAAUUGGUGCCGGCACCAAUGCGUAGUCUUUAUGAAGUCACUAAGCUGCGUAACUUACGGAGCAACCUCAUCGAACAACCUAAAUUAACCUUGCUAGAGGAAGACUUCAUCUCACGGGGAGUCCUCUCUAUUCAUGAGGCUGAAGAACUGUUUGCAUAUUUUAGUCGGACCAUGAAUCAGCUCCUUUGGGGAGGGAUCAUCUUGGUGCACCGGGACCUCACGUCAGUGCGACGAGCAUCGACUUUGUUGUCUGCGGCAGUCCUCACUGUCGCUGCACUUCAUAUCCCCAAUCGUACUGAAACUCUAAACCGAUGCUACCAUGAAUAUGUAUCUCUUGUAUCCAGCAUGUCCCUGACGCGGGCUCACACGUUAGAUGAUGUUCGUGGCCUCUGUGUGGGAGCAUUUUGGCUAUCAGAAUUGAGCUGGAAGCUCUCUGGACACGCCGUUCGUAUUGCCACGGAGCUUGGUUUGCAUCAGAGCUAUCAAAAAAUGAUCCGGGGCCAUAGUGACCAGUACGAGCGCGCGCAGCUCUGGUAUCUACUCUAUGUCUGCGACCAUCAUUUUAGUAUUGCGUAUGGCCGACCUCCUGUCAUACAUGAGGAUGCAGCCAUCAAGAACUAUGAGACCUUCCUGCAAUCUCCCAUGGUUGUACCUGGUGAUAUCCGACUGCUGGCACAGGUGGCUUUGUUCAUGAUCCUGACAGAGGCGUAUCGGAUGUUUGGGAGCGACACCGAGCAGGCUUUGACCGAGGAAGACUUCGGCCAAUUACGAGUCUACAAUGUGGCGGUUGAUCAAUGGCGGCUUCUUUGGCAGCCGCGAUCAGCCGAUAGCCCUUACGUACGGACGUACCCUUCGAAGGGAGUUGUGCUGCACUAUCAUUUUGCCAAAUUCCAAUUAAACUCACUCUCCCUUCGUGCCCUGUCGCCGUCCAACACACCCGUUUUCUCCAUGGACCGCAAAGAGUCCGCUAAUAUCGCUAUCUCGUCCGCCAUGGCCUGUCUAAAUAUGGUGCUCGAAGAGCCGGACAUUCGGGACGCCAUCGUGGGCGUUCCCAUUUUUACGCAUACGAUGGUCACUUUUUCAGCAGUGUUCCUUCUAAAGGUCGCGGUCAACUGGAAUUCGGCCUAUCUGAGUCUGGAUGGACGCGAGGUGCGACGGUUAGUGGAACGCGUCAUCGAGCUGUUGAACUGUGUUUCUGCAGGAGAGAGGCAUCUGACGAGGCAUAUUGCGCGUGGCUUGGGGAAGAUGCUGGAUCGCUUUGAUUCCUGGGAGACGGCGUGGCAAGGUGGACCGCCAGUGGGAGGACCGGCGGAUCGAAGUAGUAGUGAAGUCCCAGGCGGUGCGAAUGCCAUGGCACAAGGAUUCCCCCCACCAGAUCUGAUCUACGACAUGGUGGGCACAUACGGAUUUGGACUGGAUGAAAAUUUGCUGGACCCAAGCAUGGCCAACUUUGAGUUUUUGGCGCAUUGAUAGAGUAGUUUGUGGAUAGUUGAUACCCUGGGUAGAGGGAAACGUACAUAGCUAUAUACUAAUGUAUCCGUAUAUACUCCUGCUAGGCGUGCUCCUUCUUAGCUCGUGGUAUUAUGCUUUGUCAGGACUGGGAUAACUAGUCUGUGUUUAUUUGUUGAUGCGCGCGAAUCAUCCGGGGGAAUUCAUAAAUAGUAGCAAUUUCAUCCGUGCACCAGACACUGUGCCCGAAGGGGACUAGCU